CUCUCAGCUCCUCCGCCCGCGCCGCCCCGGGCCCGCCCCUGCGCAGGCGCGCAGCGCUCGGGCCGUCGGUCUGCGGAAGAAGAAGAUGGCGGCGCGCUCAGUGUGCCGGGCGGGCAGCGCGGCCGGGCGGGCGCUGCUGUGGGGCCCGCGCCCCUCCGCAGCUUUAUUGACUUUGACGAGGAAGCGAGGUGCUGCUACCUAUGCCCAGACACUCCAGAAUAUCCCUGAGACCCAGGUCACCACCCUGGACAACGGCCUCCGUGUAGCCUCAGAGGAGUCCAAUCAGCCAACCUGCACGGUGGGUUUGUGGAUCGAGGCUGGGAGCCGCUAUGAGGAGCCGCAGACCAACGGGGCUGCCUUCUUCGUGGAACACAUGGCCUUGAAGGGCACAAAGAAGCGUCCUGGCUCGGCCUUUGAGAAGGAGGUGGAGAGUCUGGGAGCUCACCUGAGCGGGUACACCUCCCGCGAGCAAACCGCCUUCUACAUAAAAGCCUUGUCCAAAGACAUGCCCAAAGCUGUAGAGCUUCUGAGUGACCUUGUGCAGAACUGUGCACUGGAGGAUUCUCAGAUGGAGAAGGAGCGUGGCGUCAUCCUUCAGGAGCUGAAGGAGUUGGACAGCAGCCUGGCAGAUGUCACCUUUGAUUACCUUCAUGCCACUGCUUACCAGGGGACUGCACUGGCCCACACCGUUGAAGGGACCACAGAGAACAUCAAGAGGCUGACUCGAGCAGAUCUGGCUUCAUAUAUUGAUACUCACUUCAGGGCACCUCGUAUGGUCCUGGCAGCUGCUGGAGGUAUUUCCCACAGAGAACUGGUAGAUGCAGCUAAGCAACACUUCACUGGGGCGCCUUUUACAUCCAAGGGGGAUUCUGUGCCUACUCUCAAGCGCUGUCGCUUCACAGGGAGUGAGAUCCGUGCCAGAGAUGAUGCUCUGCCCCUUGCCCAUAUUGCUCUUGCUGUGGAGGGGCCAGGAUGGGCUGAUCCAGACAACGUGGUCCUCAAUGUGGCUAACGCUAUCAUAGGGCGCUACGACCGCACUUUUGGAGGUGGGAAGAAUCAGUCUAGCAAGCUGGCUGCGCUUGCUGUGGAGCAUAAUCUCUGCCACAGUUUUGAGCCAUUCAACACCUCCUACUCUGACACCGGCCUCUUCGGUUUCCAUUUUGUUUCUGAUCCUCUGUCCGUAGAUGAUAUGAUGUUUUGUGCUCAGGGAGAGUGGAUGCGUUUGUGCACUAGUACCACGGAGUCAGAAGUGACAAGAGCCAAGAACUAUCUCCGAAAGGCCAUGGUGGCUCAGCUGGAUGGUACCACACGAGUGUGUGAGAAUAUUGGAAGCCAUCUCUUGCACUACGGACGCCGUAUCCCUCUGGAGGAGUGGGAUGCCAGGAUUUCUGCCGUUGAUGCAAGAAUGGUGAGAGAUGUGUGCAGUAAAUACAUCUAUGACAAAUGUCCAGCAAUUGCAGCAGUUGGUCCCAUUGAGCAGCUCUUGGACUACAACCGCAUCCGCAGUGCCAUGUACUGGGUCCGUCUCUAGGAUGUGUUGCCUGCAGAUUGGAAGUUAUGAAGCUGUGGACUGUGACAGGUUCCCUCUGGCACUGAAUGUCUUGGGCACCACGGGCAAGCUGAGUCCAUUCAAAGCAGCUGUCUUCUCUGUGUUAAAUGUGUAAAAAUAAAUACAUCCUAUGUGGA